AUGGGUAACUCCCUUUGCCGCCGGCGAAAUCGCCAUCCGGUCUCCGACUGGGAAGACACCGACUCCGAGAUGGAAGUCGAUGUGCGCGUGUGCCCUGAGCAGUGCCAGGUUUGCCAGGCCUACAGUUGCAUUCGCAAGCGCACCGGUCAUAAGUGCCACUACUGUGCCCGUUGCAUCGUUGCCUGGAGCCAAGCCCUUGCAGAUGAGUGUGCCAACGAGCUCCUGCCCGACAUAGUGGAUGUCGUCUUAAAGGUCAAUGCUGAAACGGUAAGCACUCACGCUGUCUGCCCAUCCGGCGACUUUAAGGGGGGCUUCCGGAAAGUCUACCGAGUGGACCUGCCACUAAAGAACCAUCGAGUGGUGUUGAAAAUCGCCAAAGAUGAAGCUGACAGCGUCUGCGAACUCAAAGCUUCGCGUGCAUGCCCCGCGGUCUUUACUAAGGUGUAUGACAGCGGUUCGAUGGAGUUGUGCCUCCGUCCGCACUCCAUUUGUAACAUCUUCUUUCUCCUGUCGGAACAGGUCGCCAGGUUAGGAGACUUUAUUGAAAUUUUGACCAAAGACGUCGCCACUCUAGUUGCUUUUCGUAGCUUGCAGGCAAUUUGCUUGGCCACUGAUCGCAAGGUCAAGUGCAGAGACCUCGGGGUCCAGCAAUGGGGCUUCAGAGGGCUCUCGGACCCACGUGCCAAGCCUCAGGUGCUUCUUCGGGAGCUCGGUCCGGGCCUUCAAAGUGAUUCGGUCAAGCUGGUGAUCCUGGAUGCAAACUGUUGCAUCCCAGAAACAGAGAAUGCGAGCCUGCUGGCUCCCAGACGUAUGUCGUCUUACUGGGCCAUGGUUCUGUCUUUGACCAACGAAGCCGUUGUCUCAAAAACACAAUCCUUCUUGAGAUCUCAAGGUUUCAAUGCCAGAAGGGUCUCCGAAAACUUGGAGAGCUCCCUUUACACAGAGGACGCAAGCUGA